UAGGGAUAGUUGGGGUAGCAUUCUGAGUGGUAAGGGGUCAUGGAUAGUUACCGCAGUAGAGUUAUGAUCAACUAGAUCAUCGUCCAGUACACAUUGUCCAUCUGGCCCAGAUACCCGUGGUUCAGUGUACGGAACCACAGUAGUUGAGGAAACAGGAGGAUUGGGGUGUGUGUCAGGAAGAAUAGAUUGAUCGGGCUGGGGCCCAAUUAGGGCAGGGAUCACAGGGUCGGUAGCCUGAGAUGGAGGCGAGUUGCACGGCUCAGGUACUGGCUGAGGUAUUGCAGGAGGAAUAAAGGAAGGGGAAUGGUGGGUGAAAGCCCAACGUCACUUCCUGGUCUCCGCAAAAGAGUAAAGCAAAAGAGAUCUCAUCCUUAUCCAUGCCGUAGGCUAUAGCCAUCGUUUCAAGAUUGAUCGCUCCUGGACUGGGUUAAGCUUUGUAGAACGGUAAAAGGAUGGGCUGUGAAGAAGGUUGAAGCCGAGUUGGGCACAAAAAUUGUAAAGCCUUGUCAAGAAAAUCAUUUUCCCGAAUUGUAAGCUGUUCCUUAGGUGUGCGACGGAGCUUCAUAUACGGCGGAAGUGUAAAAUGCCAGUCAGUUGAGUGUGUAGGACGAUGACCAGAGCGGUUCGCAGGAAGAAAGUACUUCUUGGAUGACAGUCGAGGUUUUGAUGCCUUGGCCUGAAGAGCUUUAUUGACAGAAAGCGCAGCAUCAGCCUGGUCCAUGCGCUUGGCACGGAGUGGUUGAACCCUACCAGGAGGAAAAGGCAAAAGGGUUUCCUUGGAACGGGGUAUACAGACGAAUAAGCCAAAGCCAACGCCAAUUGGGCAGGCGUCGACGAAUAAAUGAAUAUGGUGUGAUGGGCUUGGGGCUAAUUAAAUAAUAACCCCAAUAAUAGAUUCCAAAACAAGUCGAAGUCUUGUGCAGUACUACGGCUAAACGGUCAACGCCUGUCCAGUCAUGAGAUUGAAGUUCACCCGGUGCCUCUCGACAUUUGCGAUGAAACUCGAGAACGGCAGCGUCAUCCACUUGGGCUGGAAUGAGAACACCAACAUAUGGGACAACAACCCCUGAUUGAACAGUUGGUUGUUGGUGUUUUAAGCCAAAACGAUCAGGGAAAGAAGUACAAUCCCAAUAAGUAGUAAGGAGAAUACUUCGUUGGGCAAUAUAGCUGAUAAGAAUAUCACAGGCCGCAGGUAUGUCAUCAAUAACCAAGAAGUCGAGGUCUGAGGUCUCGUAACAAACCAAGGAAUUAUCUUUAUUAGAUAUUUCUACGAGUAUGGUAGUAGUAACCUUUUAAGUAGGGGCUUUCAGUAUACAUCCCCCAAAUGUAUUCAUAUACACCGGGUCGAUGGAAACUGGUUCAAGAAACUCUUUGUCAACAAGUCCUUUGUUGGUAAGGCUAGGUAUUGCAGUUUCUUGGUAAUAGACAGUCACAAUUGGCCCGUCCUGAUAUCAGGCAUCAGCAGGAGAAAGGGUAUGGAUCGACUCAGUGUUUUGGGGGUAGUCACGAAUAACAUGCCCUUGUUCAUUACAAUCAUAACAUUGGACAGAAAGGGAGCAACUAGGAGAACGCCCUGGGGUAUCCGAAAGAGAGGGUGGUGUACGCGAACGCGAGGACGGUCGAGAAAGACCAUCAGGGGAGCGAGAAGAGUGUACCACGCGAGAUGUGGAGGUCGUAGAAGCAGUUGGCUCAAAAUUGUCAGUGGCAGCCUGUGGCUGGUCCUGACGGCGGUUGAUACCACGGCCACGUUGGGUUUUAGUACAACGGUCGGAGGAGUCAUUUCCGAAGCGUGGAUUGUGGUUGUUUGGGGCCAAGGCAAGCUUCUAUUGAUGCGAUUCUUCGAGGACUGCAGCGGCGUAUACAAAUCCUGCAUGCCCGUGCAAUGUGAUAAAGGACUACUUCUCGAGGUUAUCCAAACACCCGGAGAAGAAAUCAUCAAUGCGUUGGUGAAUGUUGUCAGCCACUGAUAGAGUACAAUGUAGUAGACUUUAAAUAAAGUGCAAAUGUAUAUUACAGAUGGAAAUUAAUCUCGGAGCCGAUGUGCCGGGAGUACGGAAACAUCAUUAUAGAAAAUCUCUGAUGGGCAUAAGGGCAUCCCUAAAUAUCGGAGUAGUACAAUCUAAACGUAUAAGGCCAAAGAUUACAAUGGAAGCCACGAUCAGUUGAAGACGUGGCGACGCUGCCUUUGGAUUGGAUCAUAGAUUAAGUGAGAACCUUUUUUACCAUAAGAGGUGUUUUAUAAUGGCUUCACAUAAAUCAUAA